AUGAAAGAGGAGAGGAAACUCACUUGGCUAAGGAGUUAUUUGAAAUGGCUGAGCGUCAACAAACAGCAGCAGCAGCAGCAACAGUAGCCGAAGCAACAGUAGCAGCAGCAGCAGCAGAAGCAGCAGCAGCAGCAGCAACACAGCAACAGUAGCAGCAACAGUAGCAACAGCAACAGUAGCAGCAGCAAUAGUAGCAGCUGCAAAAGUAGCAGCAGCAACAGUAGCAGCAGCAGCAGCAGCAACAGUAGCCGAAGCAACAGUAGCAGCAGCAGCAGCAGCAGCAGCAGCAGCAGCAGCAACAGUAGCCGAAGCAACAGUAGCAGCAGCAACAGUAGAAGCAGAACAGUAGCAGCAACAGUAGCAGCAGCAACAGUAAAAGCAGAACAGUAG